AUGGUUGCAACAAAUGACAGCGAAGCACCUCAGAAGAUUCUCUAUGAGUCUCUUUGCACGGUGGAGGCGGAAAACUUGAGCGAGGCAUGCAACAACGCAAUAGAAGGUCGGAGAGCACCUGCAGGGAGGAAGGCCCAGGUGAUGCGGUUUAUCGGGGAGAUGUGCUGCUGCGGCGACAUGUUCGGGACAGACACAUCCAUCAACGAGUCUGUCUUUUCUGCAAUGACGUAUAUAGAGAAGAAUGCUUGGAAUGUCAAGGAUGUGUUCAUCAGCCCCGAGUCGGAAGAAAACGUGAGUAACUGCGUCAAGCUGCUUGAGUUGAACGAGAAGAUAGACUACUCUGCUGUUCACUUGAAGGAUAUUGCAAUGGGACUCAGGAUCUAUGUGGAGCAGAACAUGAGGAAUAUCAUUCCACUCAACGUCCGAAAAAGGGUCAUCGAGGCCUAUGGAAGCAACGAUGGAGAGAUGAAGGAAACAAUAAUCCCCAGGAUUCCGUUUGUAGUUGGCGAUCCCCACAGGCUGUUCCUCAAGUCGUUGAAGAACAUCUUCCUUACGAUUGAGAUGAAUGCAGAGGAUAACGGAGUCAAUGUUGAGGAGAUAUACAGGAUAUUUGGGCCCUUAGUGAUAAGAAGGCCGGAAAACAUGCUUGAGACGGACACUGAGGUAUUGAGGCAAAUACUGGUAGAUCUGAUGAAGGCCGACUUUGACGAGUUUCCCUCAUCGUUCUACUUGUGA